CACACCGAUGCAGGCGCAAAAGCAAAGAGAUAUAGACAAAGCCCUUUCUUUCUCUCUUUCACCACCAUUCACCCUCUCUCUCUUCCUCCUCCCUAAGGUAGAGAGCUAUAUAUGAUCCCCCUAUGCCCCCAAAGCCUUUCCACACAAACACAACGAUAUAUGCACCUUGCUGAGCUUUCCACCCCAUAAAGCUUCCCUUGGCACCUCUAUCCCACUAAGGAGCAAAAAGAGAAGAGGGAAAGGAGCCAAGCCCCAAGUGCUAGGUGCCUGCCUUAGCUUGCUUGGCGAGGGCAUUCAUCAGCUGCUGGCUAGCCCUGGUCCUUAAAAAGAAGCAACUCCCUAACGCUUAUGGCACUACUGGUCAAGAGCCACCACCAAAUGUUGGCCUCCUCGUCCACCUCCUCGUCGUCCCCGUCGGCGUCCCGGCAGCUGGCGGCGGCGGCGGCGGCGCCUCAACCCCCCUCCUCCUGCCUCACCGACCAGCAGCCGUCCCCCGCCAAGCGCAAGCGGCGCCCGCCCGGCACACCGGACCCCGAUGCGGAGGUGGUGGCGCUGUCGCCGCGGACGCUGCUGGAGUCGGACCGGUACGUGUGCGAGAUCUGCGGGCAGGGCUUCCAGCGGGAGCAGAACCUGCAGAUGCACCGGCGGCGGCACAAGGUGCCGUGGCGGCUCGUGAAGCGGGCGCCGCCGGGCGGCGGCGAGGACGGCGGCGGUGGCGGUGCCAGCGGCGGCGCUGCUGCUGCCGGCGGCGGCGGCGCGCCGCGUAAGCGCGUGUUCGUGUGCCCCGAGCCGAGCUGCCUCCACCACGACCCCGCCCACGCGCUGGGAGACCUGGUGGGCAUCAAGAAGCACUUCCGGCGCAAGCACGGCGGGCGGCGGCAGUGGGUGUGCGCCCGCUGCGCCAAGGGCUACGCCGUCCAGUCCGACUACAAGGCCCACCUCAAGACCUGCGGCACCCGCGGCCACUCCUGCGACUGCGGCCGCGUCUUCUCGCGGGUGGAGAGCUUCAUCGAGCACCAGGACGCGUGCAACUCCAGCCGGAUGCGCGGCGAGGUGGUGGCGCCGCCCGUGCCGUCGUCCGCGCUCCCGGCCAUCCGUCUGGCGGUGCCGCGCCCGCAUCCGCCGGCGGUGGCGGCGCCGCAGCCGCCGGAGCUCCAGCUCCUCCCGGCGUCGUCCACGGCGGCGCCGCCGGUCACCGCAACGACGGCUCUGUCGUCGUCCACCAUUACCGCCGCCGCAACUACUACCGUGUCGUCCCAAGCUGAACCCCACGCGGCGGCGACGAAGCUGCAGCUCUCCAUCGGCCCAACCGUCACCGCCGCGGCCUCCAACGAGGAGGACGCCGAGGAGCUGAGGCGCGCGGUGGAGGAGAAGGCCGCGGCGGACGCGGCGCGGGAGCGGGCGCGCGCGGAGGCCGCGGCGGCGGAGCGCGCGCUGGAGGAGGCCCGCCGCGCGCGGCAGCGGGCGCGGGCCGACCUCGAGAAGGCGUGCGCGCUGCGGGACCACGCCGCGCGCCUGCUCGCGCAGGUCACCUGCCACGCGUGCCGCCAGCGGUCGUCGCUCGUCGCCAUGUCCAUGGCCGCCGCCGUCGGCGAGGGCCACGGACACGGCCACGGCGGCCCGGCGGUGGCCUGCGACCCCAUGAGGGGAGGAGGUGUAGGGGCAGGCAUGUAGAUCAUCGCCAUACAUGGCGUGCACAGCACGGGGCGAGUUUGUGUACGUAGCUGAAUUUGUAGGCCUUGUCGAUCGUGUCGUCUGGCCAUGGAGACAGCUUGGCGAUGAUGCUCAGAAUUGAACUGCAUGCAGCCGAGCACCCCGUUGGUUUUUAGGGUGCUAUACAACUUUACUUUGGCCUGGGUAAAAGUUUCGGGAUGCAUGCAUG